AUGUCUCAUCAGGUUACAGAAUUCCUGAAUUGGGAUCUGUUGCGCCUUGCUUGGGAAGACCUACCUAGGGAGACGAAAGCUUUCCUCUGCAGCUACAUUAGAGACGUAAAAUCGGAUGAUUUGGAGUCGCACGUCAAGCACAUAGCAAACGCGGGAUGGGACAGAGUGCCAUAUCCGUGCUUUGGUAUGCUAUCAUUUGUGGAUUUUGAUCUGUCUAAAACCCCAGUCUAUGACGAAAUUAUAUCCAAUCUCACAGCGUCCUCGGUCAUGCUAGACCUGGGGUGCGGCCUCGGUCAGGAGAUUCGUCGGUUGGUGUAUGAUGGUGCCCCAGCCGAGAACAUUGUCGGCUUAGACAAAGACGAGCGAUUUAUAGAACUCGGUUUUGAUCUUUUUCGGGAUAAGACUACCCUAGACUCGACGUUUCUAGUUGAUGACUUCUUCAAGCCAAGUCCAAAGCUUGCCCAAUUAGCUGGCCAAAUCCGGGUCAUAAACUCCGGUUAUUUCCUGCAUUUAUGGGACUGGGGAGGACAGGUUAGCAUUGCUAAAUGCAUGAUUGGCUAUCUUUCUCUUCAAGAAGGUGACCUGAUCACCGGUGUCCAAUUUGGGAGAGAAGAUGCUGGGCUAUGGAAGGUACCAACUCUUGACUAUGCUAUUUUCCUACACAACCCAGCCAGCUUUGCACAUAUGUGGCAUCAGAUAGGAGAGGAAACUGGCACCAGGUGGUUGGUUUGGUCGAGAAGCGACCGCGAGGGAACUCACGAGAAAUUGGCUGCUAAGGGAUUUCGUUUGCGAUGGUAUGUGCGGUAUGCAGGAAGGCAGUCCCAACCUGUACCGGGUGAAAACUUCAGUGUUAAGCAAGCAGACCAGGAACGCUCGCAACGCCGAUUACCGCUGUGCAUUAAGCUCCACGGUCUCUACCGACCCGCUUUCAACCGCAUAUAA